CGAGCACUUUUCUGAGCCCCUGGUAGUUCUCGAGCUUCUCGUGUUCCUUCUUCCUGAUGUUACUGUCAUUAACACAUUUUAAAUAACCGGGUUCUGAAAAGUGUAAAUAAUUGUCAAUCAUCUAGCUGUGUUUUGAUGAUUUCGAGAUUUCCAACACAGCAUGAAUGCAACAUUGCAACAACUCCACCCUAAGAGAAAGAGAAAGUGAAAGUGUUCCGGGUUUUUUUUUUUUAAAGCACUGGAUCUGCAGGUCGCAGUUAGUUUGUUUGCGUGAGAAUAAACUCAGUAGUUUCCAAAGGAUCCAGGGGGGCAGUUUCUUCAGCAGUGCAGAAGUGAAGUGAUUGCAAUGAGCGGAGCGGACACAGCUGACAGGUACCAUGGACUGAUAAACCAAGGAUCCACAUGUUACUUGAACAGUGUGCUGCAGGUGCUGUUCAUGACCGAAGACUUCAGAACGGCUGUGAAAAAGAACUCUAAACAGAAAAAUCGUCACCCUGAGUUCCUUGAUCAAUAUCUGAAUACCUUAUUUGAUGACUUACAGGAACAUGAAGCUCAAACAUUUAAUAUAACACAGAAGCUGGACAUUGAGAACGUGUAUGAACAGCGUGAUGCUGCAGACUACUUUGAGAGGGUUUUAAGAAUGACCAGCACUGAUGCAUCACAGAUCUUCCACGGUCAGUUAGCAAACAAGACCACCUGUUCUAAAGGUCAUAUACAGACUGAUGGAGAUGCACCAUUUUGGCAUCUUCCUCUUCCACUGGUGAAUUCCUGCAGUGAAGACUACAGUGUGGUAAAAGGAAUUGAGGAGUUUUUUAAACCUUCAGAUUUCUGUGGAGAAAAUCGGCUGUACUGUGAUCAGUGUGGUGACAAAGUUGAUGCUACUAUGAGAGAUGAAAUAAAGCAUCAACCAGAUGUUUUGUGUCUGCUGCUGAAGAGGUUUGAGUUCAACUAUAAUUACAUGUCAUACAUCAAAAUCAACUGUUCUGUGGAGUUUCCUAAAACCCUGCAGAUACCAGAGUGUCAGACAUAUGAACUGUAUGCGUCUGUGGAUCAUUUUGGGGAUCUGAGAGGAGGACAUUACACCGCAACAAUCAAGAUCCAGGAGGAACAUGGAGACAGAUGGUAUCAGUUUGAUGAUACCAGGGUCACAGAGCUUGAUUAUCAGCAAUUCCAGUUCGGUAACACUAAGAGGUCCCAGACUACAUAUCUUCUGUUUUACAGGAAAAAGAAAGAUACUGGUACUCAAGAUAGGAAGAGAAAGCAAGAAAAGGGGGAGGAGACAGACAUGGAGCAUAAUCCAAAGGCUCCUAAAUUAAGAGAAGCAGAGGGAUCACCUAACAACCCCUGUAACGUAGAUCCUCUGGACAAAGAACAAAAUGAGGACAAAGAAACCACUGGAAGUGAUGGUCUGGAUCAAAAUAAUACAAAAGUGGACGAUUAUAGAAAAGAAAACCUACUAAAAGAUAAUAAGAGUCAUGAACAUGGAAACACACACAGUGAUCACAGUGAUACACUGAACAUGAUCAGUGUUACAAAUUCAAGUGAUAAUGAUGUUCAGGGAGUCAUAGAAGAUGUGGAAAUAGACGUUGAAUCAAGUUCAGACGACGAAACAAGUGUACAUGUCCCUGCAGAAGCUGCAGCUUCAGAAAACAGUGAAACAAAUGAGACAAGUGUGGUUGUCCAUGCUGAAGCAGCAGGUUCAGAAUACAGUGAAACAAAUGAGACAAGUGUGGUUGGCUCUGUAGACGCAGCAGGUUUAGAAAAUAGUGAAACAAAUGAGACAAGUGUGGUUGGCUCUGCAGAAGCUGCAGGUUCAGAAAACAGUGAAACAAAUGAGACAAGUAUGGUUGUCCAUGCAGAAGCUGCAGGUUCAGAAAACAGUGAAACAAAUGAGACAAGUGUGGUUGGCUCUGUAGAAGCAGCAGGUUUAGAAAAUAGUGAAACAAACGAGACAAGUGUGGUUGUCCCUGCAGAAGAAGCAGGUUCAGAAUACACUAAAACAAACGAGACAAGUGUGGUUGGCUCUGAAGAUGCAGCAGGUUCAAAAAAUAGUGAAACAAACGAGACAAGUGUGGUUGGCUCUGUAGACGCAGCAGGUUCAGAAAAUAGUGAAACAAAUGAGACAAGUGUGGUUGUCCUUGCAGAAGCUGCGGGUUCAGAAUGCAGUGAAACAAACGAGACAACUGUGGUUGUCCUUGCAGAAGCUGCAGGUUUAGAAUACAGUGAAACAAACGAGACAAGUGUGGUUGGCUCUGUAGACGCAGCAGGUUCAGAAAACAGUGAAACCAAAUGA